AUGGAGAAGGAGCCACAAGCCUCUCCUAUAAAGGCGAUGCCACUUCGCCACAUACCACCUCAAAGACCUCUUGAGCGAACAAGAGAUCCACACCAGAAGAGGAGAUUGAACCCUGAGCUGAUCGAGUUCGUGAAGAGAGAUCAAUUCCAUGAUCUGUUUUCAGAGUAUGCGCUGGAGCACAUAGAUCACUUUGACAAUCUUUGUGAUUCCUAUGGAGUUUUUGACUUUGAGAAGAAGAUGAUGCUAUUCAGCACAUCACUAGCUGGACCAGCACUAGAUUGGGCGCAGCAUGAGCCACUCUCUACAAUCGAGUCAUGGAUCGAUUUUAGAGAAGCUUUCUUGAAGAGAUUUGCAAGGACCACCUUUCAAAUCCAAGUACACCACUACUCUCAUCAGCUGGAGAGAGAGCGUGAUGAAGAAGAAUGGGGAGGCAUACCACCUCAUCCUGAAGUCUGA